AAAAGUAAUACUUUGAAGUGAAAGGGUUGAUGAGAAAAAUGGAGAGUUACAAGGAGUACAUAGGACAUGACCUUUGUAAAGUGCCGCUAUCAAAUAUUGCUCAAAGGAUUAUGUCAGCUAUGCAGUCUGUUCCUUUAGAGGAAGCUCAGAAUAGCAGAGAAGGUGGACAGAGUAAUAAUGAGAAGAUGAAUGAGUAUAAAUUCAGGGAAAAGAAAAUCACUUUGGAAAAUGAAGAGGAGAUGCAUGAUUCUAUAGCUGCAUCAUUAAAUAUGAAUACCAGCCCUGCAAAAAAUAGUAGUCAGUUAGCCAGUACAGAACUUAUGGACAAAAUGUUCUGUAAUCAAAACACCAAAAUAGUGAGCUCAGUAUUGCUCACUUCUAGUAUGAGCACUUUUAUAAAUUACCAGGAUGUAGACCUAACAAAAUGGGACGAUAAAGAGAGAAACUCGUCAGUACAAAGAGAGAAAAAUAAGAAUAGUGAAAAUAAUAUCACCAGUCUUAAAAGGAAGCAGGAUAUAUCUACUUAUUGCUCAUACAAGAUGGAACGGUGGUUACCAGUAAAGAAAGAUGUUAAUUCAUAUAAAACAAAGUAUGAUUGGGCUUCUGAACAAGCAGAAUCACCUGAAAAAACGUUUUGUGACAUCAGAAAUUUGGGAUAUGAGGAAAAAAGCCAGUUAAUCACAACUAUAAAAGAGGCAGUAGCUCUGGUGGUUACUAUGGUAUUUCAAGAUGGUUCUUCACAGCUGAGCUCGGAUCAGGGCCUAGUCUCAUCAGUAAGAGGAAUUGUUGUGUUAAUAAAGAGACAGACAGACCAACUUUGUCCUUCCAAAGGCUCUUCAAUUGUUAAUCCAAUUGUUUGGGAUGCCUGUACCAGAAAUGAUAAGUGUAUUUAUUUAAAAAUAGAGCACUCUUCUGUUUGGGAGCAACAGGAACAGACUCAUAAGAAGUACAUCAGGGAAAUACUAUUUCAAAUACUACACUGUACUAUUAUUUGCUUCAAUGCAAAGGAUUUUUUGAGAACACUGCUUCAUGUUUAUGGUGAUGAUAUUAACUGGAAACAAGUGGCUGAUUGUGUUGUGUUAGAUCCAAGGAUUGCUGCAUGGCUGAUAAACCCCAGUGACACUGUCCCCUCUUUUGAAUAUUUGAUACAUAAGCAUUUUGAAAAGCCUGUCUCAGAUAGAACAGUGAAUAUGAAUGCAGAUUCCUUGAGAAAUACAUUGCACCAGAACUUGGUUCUAAACUUGAAGAUACUUUACAGUAUAAUGAUGGACCUGGCUGGUGAAUUACAGGUUCAAAGCUUGUGGAAACUCUUUUACACUUUGGAGCUUCCCUUGAUAAAAAUUUUGGCAGUGAUGGAAACCCAUAAAAUACAUGUGAAUAAAGAAGAACUAAAAAGAACAUCAGAGAUUCUAGGGUUGCGAUUGAAAGAGCUUGAGCAGGAAGCCCAUCGAGCUGCUGGACAACAAUUCCUAUUGACCAGCAGUAGUCAGCUGAGAGAGGUACUGUUCGAAAAACUAAAGCUCCAUAUGCUGUGUGAGAAAGUUCCCAGAACUGAGAUGCAGCAUCUCCAAUCCACUUCUGAAGUUGUGUUAAACAAGCUGCAAGAUCUUCAUCCAUUGCCUAAGAUAAUUUUAGAAUACCGACAGGUUCACAAGAUAAAGUCAACCUAUGUGGAUGGACUACUUUCAUGCAUGAAAAAGGGAUUUAUUUCAUCUACAUGGAAUCAGACAGGAACUGUGACUGGAAGACUUUCAGCCAAGCAUCCUAAUAUCCAAGGUAUAUCCAAGCAUCCAGUUCAAAUUAUUAAGAAGCAAUAUGUAAAAGGAAAAGAAAAUGAAAUAGUAACUAUUUCCCCAAGAACAUUGUUUGUUUCAGCUAAAGGAUAUACGUUCUUAGCAGCAGAUUUUUCCCAUAUUGAACUAAGAAUCCUUGCACACCUAUCCUGUGACCCAGAACUACUGAAACUGUUCCAAGAACCUGAAACCACUGAUGUGUUUACUACACUGGCUUCUCAAUGGAGGGGUAUUCCAAGUGAACAAGUGAAGCAUGCAGAUAGAGAACAGGCAAAGCGCGUUGUCUACUCAGUAGUUUAUGGAGCAGGUAAAGAACGUCUUGCUGGAUGUUUGGGAAUUACUCCUCUUCAAGCUGGUCAAUUUAUAGAGAGUUUUCUGAUGAAAUACAAGAAAAUUCAUGACUUUACAAAGAAAACCAUUGAGCAAUGCCACAAUGAAGGAUAUGUGGUUUCCAUCAUGGGACGUAAAAGACACUUGCCUAAUAUCAAUGCUCGAGACUACAGACUACGUACUCAAGCAGAGAGGCAGGCUGUCAACUUUGUUGUCCAAGGAUCUGCAGCUGACCUUUGUAAAAUGGCUAUGGUUGAGAUUUUUACCUCCGUUGCUAUUUCUCCGACUUUAACAGCCAGGUUAGUAAGUGAACCACUGCAAUGUUCUUUUUCAUUUUACGACAGAAGUAGCUGA